AUGGCGCUGUCGAAUAUCGACCCUUCGACUUUUGAGUUGGGACAGUCCCUUCCUCCUCGUGGAGCACAUACUAUCACAACUCAUCUGCCGGGCUGGGAAGCUAUCGAACGCUUUCGUGAUCGCGAUGUGUCUAUCCUUGAAAGCCUCAAGUCCCUCUACCCUCGGUUUUUCCCCUUUGGACACUCGGCGGCUCUCUGCCAAGCUAUAGGCGAGAGACUCCCUUUACCGGAAGGCUAUAGGUGUUCUCCCUUUGUGUCGCGAGACGCAUGGGCUUCCAGCGAGAGACACGCGACAUCGGACUUUCGUAAGCAGCUGCGUCUGGAGGUCUCAGACCUCCGAUACUACGUCGUCGAAGUCGCUGGCGUGAGACUCUUCGUGCUCGCGUUCCCGCAGGCCAAGGCCCCGUCGGCUGGCUUCCAGUGGGCUCAUGGCGGGUUGAUUGUUAGCACGCGCCUUGCGGAGGCAUUGCUUUCUCGAGUGGACUCUCUCGUUUAUGUCGGCGAGUUCCCUGGGGGUGUCGGCGCUCCUGACCCUACGUUUUUGCCUGAGGGGAACUGUCAUCGGGAACUGCGGGAACGGAUCGCGACUCUCUUGAUGCGGGCUUGUGUUCGCGAACACGGGAAGAGCGUCGAUGCUAGCGAUGUCUAUCUCUAUCAGACGGGUAUGGCAAGCAUUACCAGGCUGCUGGAGGGUAUUGAGCAGCUACGCGCUGGUCCGGCGAUCAUCUUUGGUUCCGUAUUUCAUAGCACCUAUUACACAUUCGAAGAUAGCCAGGGAGGUUUGAAACAUUAUGGUCGUGCGGAUACUUCGGAUUUAGAUAAUUUCGAAGAAUACCUUGCAAGAGGGGGGCAGUGCGCAUGUGUUUUCACCGAGUUCCCUAGUAACCCGCUUGCAGUCGGCGUGGAUUUGACAAGAUUACGAGGACUGGCUGAUAGAUAUGGCUUCUUCCUCAUCGUAGACGACACUUGCGCCUCGUUCGCCAAUAUGGAUCUUCUAGGUGUGGCAGAUGUCAUCGUAACGUCGCUGACAAAGGCGUUUUCGGGUUACGCAGAUGUGAUGGCUGGCUCUGUGGUGCUGAAUCCAAACAGCGCGCAUUUUGCUACCCUGAAGGAAGUAGUGUCAUCACGCUUCCACAAUGAGCUCUUCGAGGCAGACGUAGUGCACCUACUAUCGAAUAACGAGAAUUACCUGGCACGGUGUAUGAUUCAUAAUCGCAACGCCAGCGCGUUGGCAUCGUAUUUCCAGUCUCUUGCUCUGGACCCCUCCAGUCCAAUUACCCGCGUCUGGUAUCCCCCCUAUUCUCCAGGAUCGGAUUACCUCAAGUCGUUCCUGCGAAAGUCGACUGCCGAGUACCCUGCGCCAGGAUACGGAUUCCUAUUGAGUGUGGAGUUUGAAACAUUAGAGCUCGCUACUACUUUUUUCAACGCCGUAAACUUCUUUAAAGGUCCCCAUAUUGGUGCUCAUCUUACUAUUGUUGUGCCUUUCAAUCAUUUGGUUUGGGGCAAGAAUGAGCCCGAACGACACGCUUCGUACGGAUUGAGGCCGCAACAGAUCCGGAUAGCGGUUGGCCUAGAGGACCAGGAAGUUUUGGUGAGGAGAUGCACAGAGGCGCUGGAGAAAGUAACAAAAGUUGCAAGGAAAUAAGGCCUUGUGUCCAAACCAAGAGGUCGAAUAGCAUAUGGCAAAUCAUUUGGCGGCAUUGAGCUAUAUCAGUUGGCCUUGACAGGUGCCUCAGCAUAACCUGAUAUUUCUCGACAGCCCCUUUCUAGGAAGAUCCCACAGCACGGGCUUGUGGCGCAUAGACGAGGUUAUGAACCCUAAGAUUAGAUCUGCAAAGGUUUAUGCGGAUAGUAACCAACUUUUGAUGUUUCCACAGUCUACCCAAGCUUCAGUCG